GCGGCAGGAGCGGCCAUGGCGGCGGCGGCGGCGGGUCCGGGGCCCGGCGGGGGCGGCCGGCGCGGAGCCCGCAGGGGGGCGGCCAACAUCCUGGCCCAGCUCCGGCACGGGCAGCUGAGCGGCCGGGGCCUGACCCGGGGGGCGCAGAUCACAGAAGCCUUGUUAAAGGAAAGGGAUAAACAAGCAAAAUGGAAUGGAAUUCCCCUGCUGUUGCAGAAACUGUAUGAGAACAGCCAUCCGAACAGCGACUUCUCUCAGUGCCAAAGCAUCCUCAAGGAAAUUUCUCCACUUCUGUCAAUGGAGGCCAUGGCAUUUGUCACAGAGGAUAGAAAAGCUGCUCAAGAAUCCACUUUCCCAAACACAUACACGUUUGAUUUGUUUGGAGGAGUAGAUCUUCUAGUGGAAAUUCUUAUGAGACCAACUCUUAUUACACAGAAAAAGAAACAGAAAAUAAGUGACGACCUGAUCAAGGACUGCUUAAGCAUAUUGUACAACACUUGCAUAUGUACUGAAGGAGUCACUAAACGAUUGGCAGAAAGAAAUGAUUUUGUGUUGUUCCUGUUUACAUUGAUGACAAACAAAAAAACAUUUCUGCAAACAGCAACGCUUAUUGAAGAUAUCCUAGGAGUUAAAAAGGAAAUGAUACAAUUAGAAGAUAUUCCCAAUCUUGCAAGUCUAGUAUCCAGUUUUGAUCAACAGCAACUUGCCAAUUUCUGUAGGAUCCUUGCAGUCACAAUUUCAGAACUUGACACAGGGAGUGAUGACAAACACACGCUUCUUGCUAAAAAUGCACAGCAGAAAAAAAAUUUGGGUCCUUCUCGAGCUGAAGUUAAUCAAGCUACACUCCUGAAUAUUCCAGGCUUUGUUGAGCGAUUAUGCAAACUGGCAACGAGGAAAGUAUCGGAAACAACGGGUACUUCCAAUUUCCUUCAGGAGUUAGAGGAGUGGUACACCUGGCUGGACAAUGCACUUGUUCUUGAUGCCCUGAUGCGGGUAGCAAAUGAGGAGGCAGAGCAGAGCAGCACAGAAUCUUCAGAUGAAAGUGGAUUAGCCAAUACCUCAACAAGAACUCAGCUUCCGCAGUCCAUGAAGAUCAUGCAUGAGAUCAUGUACAAGCUGGAGGUGUUGUAUGUUCUCUGUGUAUUGCUGAUGGGGAGACAGAGGAAUCAGGUUCACAAAAUGAUAGCAGAAUUCAAAUUGAUUCCUGGCCUUAAUAACCUGUUUGACAAACUGAUCUGGAGGAAACAUUCAGCAUCAGCCCUUGUUCUGCAUGGGCAUAACCAAAAUUGUGACUGUAGUCCAGACAUUACUUUAAAGAUACAGUUUUUGAGGCUUCUUCAAAGUUUUAGUGAUCAUCAUGAGAACAAGUAUCUUCUGUUAAACAGCCAAGAACUUAAUGAACUGAGUGCAAUCUCCCUCAAAGCCAACAUCCCUGAAGUAGACGCAGUUGUCAACACAGACAGAAGUCUAGUCUGCGAUGGAAAAAGAGGUUUGUUAACCAGGCUACUACAGGUCAUGAAGAAGGAACCAGCUGAGUCCUCUUUCAGAGUUCAUGUAUUAGUUUUACCUACUGGAAAGAGACUGUAUCUAUACUGCUUAGUCCCGACCGGACAUCACCCUGUGCCAUAGUUAGCUAUAUUGACGAGGCGUAUAUGGACAUUGACAGAGAUUUUACUGAGGAGUGAUUCUUCAGACUGGCUUCGAAUGGACAGCGCUUGGAGGGUAUCUGGCAGAUGGAUUUUCAGGGAUACGUUGCGUAGUGUGUGUGUGUGUGUGUGUGUGUGUGUGUGUGCGUGCGCAGGCUUGGAACCAUGGAUGUUACUGCUUUGUUAAAGACUCUUUCCCCACCUCUGAUCUCUGAAGGACAGGACUUCGUAAGCUAUCUGGGCGACAUAUUCAGGGACGGAGCUUCCAGUUGUUUUGGGAUAAAAAUAAUCACCUGCAAAAACUAGCCUUUUUCUGGCACCCCCAGUGUAGCGUGGCUAGACAAGGAUACUCCACAUUAGUUGUGGCUUCUCCUUGUGGCCACCCGAAUUAGCAGGUUAAAAAGCACAGGAAAGGCCCCAGGCCGUCCAAACCAAGGCCUGAUAGGCCAAACGCAUGCAGAUGUCCCCCACACAUCUACUAGGCGCAGUCUUUUCAGGGUUGGGUGUGUCGGGCUGUGGGGAUCAGGGUGGGUUAGAUUGGGUGUGGUUUUGAAUUCCUGGAUGCUGUAGCUCUGUUCACCUUUUUACCAUCCACUUUUGGAUUGUUUGGUGAUAAAUCUGUUUAGCCCACGGCUGUCUGUCUGUGCUGUUCCAUUAGGAGGUAACCUCUGCUCCUGCUCUCCUCCAGUGGCUCCUUCCUGUCGGAAGGGGUUCUACAGUGCUGCAGAGAGCAGCAACGUUUCAGUGAGGAGGAAAUUGCAGUCUGGGGACUAGCUUUGACCAGGCAUUAACACAUUAAAAUUGACUGAUUUUUAAACUUGUGGCUUGUCCCUUCUUGGGUUCCUAAUCUGGUUUUAAAAUUGCCUUCAGGAGCACUGCUUUUGCUGCAAGGUUCUCCAUCCUUGAACACGGCUAGUGCUAACUGGAAACCUAACACCGGAGUCUAAGCUUGCAGUCUUCAAUACCUUGAAUCCGCCUACCAACAUUAAUUUUGAAGUGCAAUAUUUACUUGUAGGUGUCAGAUUUUUCCUCGAGUUGUUGUUUUAAUCACAGUAACACUGCUAGAUGCUGGGAAUAAAAGACCCUUUGGUCAAAAUCACUUUGUAAAGUACGUUUUUAAAAAACAAGUUUGGCAAAAAUCUGUCUGCUUUGCCUGAGCUUGCGAUUCCUAAUCAACAGCAUCAGACCAGGUCGUUCAAAGGCAGGUGCUGGAUGUGGCCCGAGAUUUCUUGGAAUGAAAUAAGUCAGUGCAGUGUUGAGCCGCUGCAUUUAAAGCAAAUCUCGUGCCUCUGUGGCUUACAUUGAGACCCGUUUUCCUAUUCUUCCCCCAAAUUGUACAUGUGAAUUUUAAUUAUUUAGAUGUUAAGUUUACACUAAUAUUUGGUAGCUCAGACAGCCACUGGGAAACAUCCUUCAAACAUAUUGCAGUGAGUGCAAGUGAGGGUAUCCCUGACUUGCAGUGUCCUCCCCUUCUGUGACCAGCACCUCCUUCCCCAAGACUUGAUCUGCAACCAGAAGGAAAGGAGAGCAACUACAGUGUAGCCAGUCUGGGCACAGACACACAAUGGUUGUCUUAACGUGUAGGACCUUUGCCAGCAAAGGGGAUACAAAUCUUUGGAUCCCUGAAGCAGGGUUUGAACGUGCAGGGCAGAUGGUCAGCCCCUGACAUUGGAUUGUACCGUCUGAAAAACUUGAUUCUGAAGAGUGUUGACCUGCUUGUAAUUGAAGUCGUCUUUGAAAUGGCUACACUGUUAGAACUGAGUGAAUGCUGCAAUGCCCAGGCUAGUCUUAAUCCGCCCCGUGCGGUUCACAUUCAGGCUGACCGAUAAAACGGAGAGUCAGGAGCAAGGGGCCAACAAGUUCCAAAACUGCUGAGCCAGUGCAUCCAACUGGAGCUUUAACCGAGUUUAUAAGGAGCUAUUAAUGUCUUCCCCCUGCGGGAUUUCCUUCCCCUAGGGAGAUUUUACUUAAACACACAGCUCCAGUAGAUGCCAUUCCUCCAAAACCAGUCGACACAUUGGGAGAACCUUUUGCCAUGGCAGCUGCAACUCUCUUCAUCAGCUUUCCCUCGGGAGCAAAUUUCUUUUCCAUCUGUCCUUGUUUGUUUUUCUUGGGAUAUUUGUGGGUUUGUGAAUCUUUGCUUAUUCUUAACUGUAAUAGAUGUACACUUAAAAAUAAAUGCUUCAGAUGAGAAGGCAUUGAAGUUACAAGAAUGCCUUUUCCCUAAUCCAGCUAAUUGUUACAUCCAAAGAUUGAUGCUAUAAAUCUGCAGAGAAUAGAUUUUACUCUUAACUUAAUCUGUGUAUUUCUGGAACUUGCAGGUAGGGGCCAAGCUGUUUGCCCUUGUUUUAGACAUCCCCCUCAUCAUGUGUUUUAGCAGCUCCAGGGACUGAGCUUGGAGCCAGGCUCUUUCAUCACUUGGUUCUGAUUGAACUGGCUUGGUUCGGACAGGUGCACAGAAGCAAUCUCUCCUCCCGUGAAGGAGCUGAGCUGGUCUGGUCUCCCUGGAGGGAAGGCUCUGUCUGAUUUAUGUGAAAGGACAGAGGAUCCUUCAUAAACUGAGCGUUUCUAACAAUUUUUUUAGCUUUAUUUUAAGGCACUAAAUAGGCUGGGGUUAAAGCUCACACUCCUGCUCUCUUGGCUUCCAUGGAACUCUUCGUUGGCAUUAGCCGCUCGUAUAAACCUACCCUGCAAGUGGCCAGAGGUGGCUCGAUCCUUCAUUCCUACUGUGGUAGCAACCUGUUAUUCAAUGAAAAUGUCUCAGAGGAAUGGUGUGAGGGCAGGAAUGUUAACGUGAUGGACCAGAGAGCUCGCUGAUGUUGCUGCUGUCGUUAGUGUGGUUUUCAGCAGCUCCGUUGGGACUGUUGGGGGUGGCGGUGGGAUCCCAGCUGGUUAAUGUUCCUGGAAUUCUGCACUAUCCCAAAUGCAUUGCUGAGGUUUUUGCUGCCCGGAUUAUUGCCAUUUUACUAACUGCAAACAAGCGUAUUAAAUGGAAACUAUUAAAGAACUCUAUUUUAAAAGAAA